CGAGCGCAGCGCGGAGUGCGCUCAGACCCGCAGCGGGAGGACGGCAGCGCGACGCCGGUGUCGAUCAUGUCUCUGGCCGGGAAGGUGGCUCUGGUGACCGGAGGAGCUCAGGGCAUCGGGAGGGCAGCGGUUCAGUCUCUGCUGAAGAGCUCGGCCAAGGUGGCCGUGGUGGACCUGAACAAGACAGUGGGGGAGCAGUGCCAGAACCAGCUGGACGCUGAGUUCGGGGAAGGAAGGAGCACGUUCAUCCAGUGUGACGUCACCCACGGCGACGCUCUGAGAGACGCCUUCCAGAGGACGGUGGACCAGUUUGGACGCCUGGACAUCGUCAUCAACAACGCCGGCAUCAACAACGAGAAGAACUGGGAGAAAACCAUCCAGGUCAACCUGACCUCAGUGAUAAAGGGAACCUACUUGGCCCUGGAGCACAUGAGCAAAGAGUACGGCAAGGAAGGAGGCACCAUCAUCAACGUGUCCUCCAUGGCAGCCUUCCUCCACUCCCCCCAUCAGCCCGUCUACACGGCCACCAAACACGGAGUGAUCGGCUUCACACGAGCGAUGGCGGACGCCGCCGCCCAGGACGACUACGGCGUCCGCAUCAACGUCCUGUGUCCCGCCUUCGUCGACACGCCGCUGCUGCACACCGUGGAGGACGAGGACAACAUGGGGAAGUUCGUCAAGUUCAAGGAUGACUUCAAGCAGAGCAUGAACAAGUUUGGGGUUCUACAGCCGCCGCUCAUCGCUGAAGGGAUGAUGAGGCUCAUUUUGGACCCGAGCCUGAACGGCGCCGUGAUGAAGAUCACCUGCGCCAAGGGAAUCCACUUCCACACGUACGAACCCAUGUCGGCCUGACCUCCGACCCGUUCAGAGGUUCUGGAAGCUAAACUGGAACCGGUUCCUCAUAGAACCUCAGCUCUUUGGUUUCAGAUGACUGUUUUAGAGAAAUGUUGAAGAUGAUUCUGUUUUGCUUCCUGUUUGGACUCAGCAAAGCAGAACCGCUUCCUGUGGGAACUAAAAGUCCUGAAUCAGCUGAUUUGACCAGAACCAGAACCGCCUGCUGAUGACAAGGAAACGGUUCUGGUUCUGGUUCAGUCAUGGACAACCAAACUUCUCCUGACUCCUUCAUAAAUGAUCCGAUUGGUACCAGGUUCUGUUGGUACCAGGUUCUAACCUCAGAACCGGGUUUCUCCCAGUUUGUGUUCACUGGUUGCGUUCUGGUCCAAAUCUUUGCUUCGGUUCAUUGCAGUUCUGCUCAGCUCUCUGAAGGUCCCACCACAAGGUUUUCAUCAGGUGAAGGCCUGGACUUUGACUAGGCCACUGCAGCACUUUGAUUCUCUUCUUCUUCGGAUGUACAUCUGCUGCUGUGUUUGGAUCGCGGUUCUGUUCUGACCCAGUUUAGACCGAGAUUCAGAAUAGGUUUGGUUCUGUUGGACUUCAUCCAUUUCUGUCUCUGUGCUCCACCAGGUCCAUUAGUUCCAGAACCCGACCAGAACCCCUCAGUGUAAAUUACCUUGAGAAAUAAUGAGAUUUGGUUAAAUAUAAAAAUAGGCUUUAAUGCUGAAAAAUGAUCAAAUGUUAGAAACCAAACAUGUCAUAGAAAUGGAUCAGAACCAGAGUUACAUUCACCGUCCAGCUCUGGUCCACUGAGCUCCUGAUGGACGGAACCAGGAGAGAGAAGGACCGGAGAGUUCGGCUUUUAUUCCCCUCUGCAGUCUGUUGGCUCCCUACAGGGUCAAAUCAGGUUCAGUUAAUCAGGUUCAGUCUGUUUACAUGUGACUCGGCAGACACACAUGAACAUGGUUAUGUGAGCUGCAGCAGCGUGUAAGUAGAUUAAAAAAGAGAUGGAGGAAAGACAGAACCUACAGCGGUUCAUAAAGAACAUCUCAACUGGCCUGAGAGGAGAAACAAAACCAAAAGUAACUGAAGGUCAACAGAAAACACAAAAAUUCAAAUUAAAAAUACUUUAAUGAGCCCAAAGGGAAAUUAAAUAAAAGCAAACGCCUCAUUGACCUUCCCGCCUGCAGGGGGCGCAAUGCGUCCACUGAUGGAAAGGAGCAGCUGUGAUAGUAGGCCAAUAACUCCAGGAUUAUUCAGUGAAGGCUUGACCCACUUGGACCCACCUGGACUCACCAGUCAGGCUUCGUUCACACAGCAGCGCUCUGCUUACAGCAGUAAAGAUGGCCGCCACUGUAGGAAUGAAGCCAAAGAAAAACGUUUUUCCUUCUAGUUGUAGAUUACAGUCAGGUGGGAAAUAAUCGUCUCUUAUUUAAAAAAUAAUUGAUUAUUGCUUUUGCAGCCAUUCAGCAUUUAAUGUUUAUAAAUAUUUUUGCUUUAAUUUAUUUUAUUUUUUGUCUUUUUGCUGCAGGAAUCAGAUUAAAAUCUUCAGAAAGAUGGAAACUCAAGUUACAGGUUGAAAUCUAAAAGUUGAUCAGCUGAUUGAUGAAGAUCCAUCGUUAAUGUAAAAAUCCAUCGUUAACGUGAAAAUCCAUCGUUAACUUAAAGAUCCUUCGUUAACGUAAAGAUCCAUCGUUAAGGUAAAAAUCCAACGUUAAUGUAAAGAUCCAUCAUUAACGUAAAGAUCCAUCGUUAAGGUAAAUAUCCAUCAUUAACGUAAAAAUCCAUCGUUAACGUAAAAAUCCAUCGUUAAGGUAAAAAUCCAUCGUUAAGGUAAAAAUCCAACGUUAACGUAAAAAUCCAUCGUUUACGUAAAGAUCCAUCAUUAACGUAAAGAUCCAUCGUUAAGGUAAAAAUCCAUCGUUAAGGUAAAAAUCCAUCGUUAAGGUAAAAAUCCAUCGUUUACGUAAAGAUCCAUCGUUAAC